AUGAAGAAGGUCCCGAGCGAAUGGCAGAUGUCGCAGCGGGUCAAGGCAGAAAAGGUUGCUGGAGCGCUGGGGGCUCAGGCGCUCAGGCGCCAGCACUACUUUCCGAGCCCUGCAGUGCGUCGUACGAGCGAACCCGACGCGAGCGAUGCGUUCGUGAUGUUCUUCAGCAGCUUUCUGAAACCCACAACGGAGCAUCUGCUGGACCAUUACGACGCCCAAACGGCCAUUUGA